AUGGCCACCAACACCUACAAGAGCUGGUCUCUACUAUUACUCCUUGUGAUCUACAGCAGCUUCAUCACGACCAUCAAAGCUAAAGUUAUCGUGGUCACAGUCCAUACAACAGUGGAAGUUGCAUCAACAGUGCAAGGGACGCCAACUAUUCCCAGUCCCGCUUCAUACACUUCGACCUCUGAGUUCAAAGACACAGUUCUUCGGGUUAGCAAUGACUAUCGGAAAGCACACGAUGCAAAACCACUAGUCUGGAACGAGACGUUGGUCAAAUAUUCCCACGAAUGGGCGCAGAAUUGUAUCUGGAAACAUUCGUUACACAUUCAGGACGGCCCGUAUGGGGAAAACCUAGCAUUUGGGUAUCCCAACGCUUCUUCAGCAGUUGAGGCUUGGGGCGACGAAAGGGAAUUCUAUAACUUCCAGAAGCCGACCGGAUUCACUGAGAAGACCGGCCAUUUCACACAACUAGUGUGGAAAUCUACAACGCAAGUAGGAUGCGCUGCGAUAAAUUGUGGAUAUACCGAGAACACCGAUAAAGUACGAAGAGAUGCUGGUGAUAGCAGCCCGGGUCGACUUCUUGCUAGGGAGCCCGAUGGAAGUACGAGAGCGCAGGGCUGGUACGUUGUAUGUGAAUACACGCCAACAGGGAAUGUCGUUGGCAAUCACAAUGAAUACUUCAAGAAGAAUGUGAAGCCAAGCGACAAAUCAUCGUCCACGAUAGCUACUUCUGCUACAUCGAAAAGUCAACCGACGGGCGGGGCGGCGAUGGAGAAUAGAAUGAGUUCCGCAGUGUGGACGACGUUGCUGGCUCUGGGGACUGUGGCUAUUGGGAUGAGCCUGUAUACUUAG